AUGGCGUGCAGUAUGUGGCUUUGCCUUCUGCACUCUCCAGCCUGUGAUUCUUCGCUUGCCCUCUCUGCUUUCAGUCGCUACCUAUCGAUAUCUGUGACAGCCCAAGCUGUUGCGUCAAACUCUGAAAAUGAAGUGAUUGCAUCGCAUACGAAUUCUUGGGCAGCACUGUCUGAAGAUGAAGUCUCUGGUGUGAAUGACUUGAUACAACGGAAAUUCAACCUGUCCGGCUUUCAGGGCUCGAGUUUUGACAGCUAUGUAAUUCAGAUUACCCUUCAGAAUCCCAACAAGACAGAUGUGAUUGCCUACCUUGACCACAACUCGACAGCCCCUAGUCGCUAUGCAAGAGCAACUGUGGUCACUGGAGCUACAAACUCCACCGACUUGUUUUGGCAAGAAUAUCUGGUUGGCCCACUGCCUGCAACAAAUACCACAAACAUAGCACGGCUCACAUACCCCUUCAACAACAACAAUCCAGGCAACACUAAGGUCCAUCCAAUAUACUCGGCUUCGGAUGCUGUGCAGUUUCAAACAAAGAUCAGCUCAGAUGUAGAGAACAUCACUCGUGAGCUUUGGAACACAACAAUCGCAGAAGGAACUAUAGGAGUACGAUUCGGUGUACCUUUCUGGGAAGAGGACAACAGAACUAUCUCAUGGGCAGCAUUUUUUGCAAACCCGGACGCAGACCUCACCAGCAGCCCUACCCUACUCGCGCUCGGAGUCACUGUCAAGUUGGAUCUGACCGGUCGCGAUUGGCAGGACUGGAAGGUAGCUGGUUGGUACUCCCUGGGAGAGUUCUAUGAUAGCACAGAGUCUUUUUUGAACGCUCUUUCCGCCCCGGAAUUCAUCAGGCCGCAUGCGAAUGUAGACGGAAAUUGGACGUCGACUAACCAGCAAGGUGCGCCUUUACCAUUGGACGAUCAACCUCCCCCAACUUCGAUUUCACAAGGCAUCCAGAGGUUCAAAAUUGACUCCGUAAAUGGGUACAUAUCGUGGAUGAACUUCUCUUUCUACUUUUCUGUAUCUUUUGACCUUGGUCUGUCGCUCUUCGAUGUGCAAUACAAAGGAAAAAGACUUAUAUAUGAGCUCUCGUUACAGGAAGCACUGACACAUUACGCCGGCUCCGACCCCUUUGCCUCGCAGGCAACAUUCUUCGAUAGCCAAACGGGAUUCGGGUCGACUCUGCAGCCACUCAUUAGAGGCUACGAUUGUCCAUCGCAUGCUACUUAUAUUAAUGCAACCUUCACGGAAGGCAAUGCAACGAGGACACAAGCGGAUGCAAUCUGUAUCUUCGAGUUUGAUGCGGGAUUCCCAAUCCGCAGACACUCGUUUUCCCCAGCAGCACCUCACACAAGCGUAGCAAGGAACAUCAUCUUUACGAUACGCACCAUCUCCACGAUUGGAAAUUACGAUUUUUUGAUCGAAUACACUUUCUUCUACGACGGCGCAAUCGAGGUCUCCGCUCGUGCAUCAGGUUAUAUCUCCGCCGCGUACUGGGAUGGGAAUGUAGACUACGGUUUCCAUAUCCAUGACUAUCUUUCUGGUAGUCUGCACGACCAUGUGCUGACAUUCAAAGCCGAUAUUGAUAUACUGGGAACGAAAAAUAGCAUUCAGAAGAUCGACAUAGUGCCUACAACCACUACUUAUCCCUGGUCGAAUGGAAGAUCCUACAACACGUUCAAAGCGCCAAGAAGCUUCCUGGCCACUGAAAGCAGUAUUAAUUGGUCUGAAAAUGAUGCAACUAUGUACGCAAUUGUGAAUAAAGACACACCAAACCGCUUCGGGGAAUACCCAGGAUACAGGAUGAAGCGAAAUGCCGGCACGACGCAUCUCACUGCAGUCAAUGCUACCGACACCGGAAGAGCCGCAGCAUACGCUACACAUGACUUCUAUGUUACCAAUCAGAAGCAUACUGAGCCACGUGCAGCAGAUUCGUACAAUCAGUACGCACCCGAAGAUCCAUUGGUAGAUUUUGGCAAAUUUCUCGACGAGGAGUUAAUCGAGCAGCAAGAUUUAGUGAUAUGGUUCAAUCUGGGCAUGCAUCACAUGCCGCAUACAGGUGACUUACCUACAACCAUGUUCUCAUCCACACGCUCCGCGAUGCGCUUUGAACCUUUGAACUACCUGGACGGUGACCCGUCCGUAGCCAGUAACCAGCAGCAACGAGUCGACUAUAACGAAGACGGCAGCAUUUUAUAUGUUGAGCAGUUCGGCAAGAAGAUGGAGGAAUAUGAAACGUGUACUUGA